GGGCGCAAAGUCCAGCCAACCCGUGUCACAUAGUGCAUGGUGCCGCAGCCAUGCAAGAUCUUCAGGUAUUGGUGCGCUGCCUCAGCGGCAAGGUGCUGUGCAGAGUUGCUGCCAGCGCCGACGAGCCGGUUGAGGCGGUGAAGGACCGCGUGGCCGCUGCCACCGGCAUCUGCUCUGCGGAGCAGCGCCUGCUCUGGGGCGGGCGGGAGGUCGAAGAGUCACUCAAGGACGCGCCCGCGCAUCAAGAGCUGCAGCUGACGCUGCUGCGCCGGCCAAAGGAGCAGGCGGAGUGGCUGCAGCGCGUGGCACAGGCGGAGAGCCUCUCCAAGGCGCCGGAGCUCAUAAGGGAGGACCGGGAAGUGCUGAUGGCUGCGGUCAAAGUGGAUGACGAUGCUUUGCAGUGGGCUUCUCCCAAUCUCCUAGCAGACCAGUCAGUGGUGCUGGAGGCAGUGCGAAGGUGUGGCUUCGCCCUUGCCUGCGCCUGCGCCUCGCUUCAGGCGGACCGCGAGGUGGUGCUGGCUGCGGUAGCGCGGCACGGGCUGGCGCUGGAGUCCGCCUGUGAGUCGCUGCGGGCGGACGUGGAGGUGGUUCUGACAGCAGUGGAGCAAGACGGCAACGCCUUUCAGUUUGCUGCUUUGCAGCUGCGUGGUGACCGUGACUUUGUCCUGCGGGCGGUGCAGCAGAACGGGUAUGCCUUGACCUAUGCCAUGCCCGAGCUGCGGGGUGACCGCGAGAUUGUUGCUGCGGCCAUUGAGAGAACCGGCUGGAUCUGGGAGUGCGGGGCGCGCGUGGCCCAGUUCGGCGGAUGGGCGCUGCAAUGCGCCGCUCAGGAACUGCAGGCGGACCGCGACCUAGUGCUCUCAGCUGUGCACCGCGACGGGGCCGCUUUGUCCUUCGCUGGCAGGUUGCAAGAGGACAGGGAGGUGGUCCUCGCCGCAGUCCAGCAGAGUGGCGAGGCUUUGGCCUUCGCCUCUCAGGAGCUACGCGCAGACCGGGAGGUGGUCCUGGCCGCAAUCGAUGAAUCCGCCAUGGCGCUGGAGCAUGCAAGCGACGAGCUGCGCGACGACGAGGCGCUGGUCCUGCGCGCCGUGGCCAACGGCCCGGCGCUGCGCUUCGCGUCGCCGCGGCUCCGCGGGAGCCGUGCCGUGCUGCGCCGGGCGCUGCCGCGGGAGGAGGAGGCGCUGCGCUGGGCCUCCGAGGAGCUGCGUGCUGACCGGCGGCUGCAGAAGGUGGCGCGUCGCUGCGGGCAGGUUCAAGAGGAGCUCUACAAGUAUCCGGAGAGCAGCAUCGACGGCAUGGUGGAGCAAAGGGUGGAAGAACUGCAGCAAUAUCGCCGGCAGGUGGAGCGCAACCAGCGUCUGGCCUCCGAGGGCAUCGAGGGCAACAAGGCUGGGGCGGUGCUCACAGUGGCGGCGUGA